AAAUCCAGUUAUAUUAUGGUGGUGAAAAUAAACUUGGUAUUCAAGACCAAAACUGUUUUUCAGAAUAUCCUGAGUGAAAAAUGGACUCAAUCUACAAAUCAUAAGUUCCAGAAGGCACAGUCUGAUCUGGAUUAUAUCGAACACAAACUAGAGUUUGAAAUGCUGAAAAAUCUUCCACAAUGCACUGCACCGCAGGAAAAUCCAAUAAAACUUCUGGAGCAACUGAGGGUAAUAAAAUCCCGGUAUCGUGAUUUAUGUGCAGAAGCAGAUCAGAUUGCCAUAGAGCGUAAAGAAUCAGUAGACUUCAUUCGCACUCAACUUGCCACUACAUUGCAGUUAGUACAGAAACUGCAGGACCAAAGUGACCUAAAGUCUUGUCCCUUGACAGAAGAUGAGCAAUGGGCAGUGCAGAAGAUUAUGAAGUCUGAGAUUUUGGCUGGAGUAGACCCAUGCGAGAAACCCUGUGCAGAGCCUCAAGCGCCACAGCAGGAGGAAGCUGAGUUUGAACCAAUCACUGAAGAGAUGUUCACAUCUGUGCCGAAAAAUGUAAGACAGACUGUAAAACUUGCCAGCUUGAAUACGUUAUACAAAAAGCUCUUUGACCACUUCAUAAAAAAUAAUAACAGUGCGGUGCUGACUGUGAUGCAGAUGAUGAAGCUCGACAUAAAAGUCAUCGAAGCAGAGUUAAAAACACUUAAAGCUCUGGAGCUCAUUCAACUGGAUAAAAAAGGACGUGUCCGCCUCUCCCUGCAACAUUCCUAGAUCUACUAGAAUUUGUACUUGUGUAAAUUCAGGUGCAGAUUUUUAAUCCUCCGAUUAGACAAUUGAAAAUUGGCUGCAAGAACUUGAGAUACUUUUACCUUUUGAAGUAAAAUCAGGAUCUCGGAUGCAGUUUCUGGUGCGUGACCUCUGCAUCGGGAGCUGGUCUUCAAAGUAUGUCGGAAUUGAUGUUGGAUAUAGACUAUACGUGGAACAACUGAUUUUAUAAAGUCCACUUUAGUGAGGCAGAGGAAUCAUGUGUUCAUGAUUUGUUCGCAUUCCAAUGCUUAUGCUUCCUGGAAUCUGUUCUUUGUAUUGGGAAACCCUAGGGGGGAAAACCUGUCUGUGCUUGUCCAGGUGAUGCAUAUCAUCCCAAUGUUUCGAUCAUAACUUUAUUCCAAAUGAGUUGGAAUAAAAUGCCUGACUUGGAAUUUGAGGAUUAUUCUGCCAAAUGAGGAUGGAAGGGUGCAUUGUCGGGUGGAGACAUUUACUUUAUAAAAUGAAAAGGUUCAUCAAGUUUCAGUAAAAUGUAUCUUUGUAAAUACGGUUUAAUGUUUUUGGUAUCCUUUAACCGACUCCCUGCUAUUUAAUGUUUUACCAUAUAUACUGUUCUUCUUUGACAGUUGUAUUUGGAGUGGUAAUUGCAUUCUACUGCUUUAAUUUCAAGCAUUUAUUUCAUAUACAGAGUAGUAGUUAAUGGGAGAGAUGUUUAUUGUCGAUUUUGGGUACACUCCCAGGUUUCCAUUUUUACAGUGUCAGUUUAUCACACUGGAAAAUCCGAACUUGAUUUAAGAUAACCACAGUAUUGUAACGAAAGGUAUAAAAAUCACAAGACGAAAAAAAACAAUGACUAAAAGUGGAUAAUCUAGUUCUAUGUACAUAGGAAUGAAUGUAUGUAUGUGAGACUUGAAUGUAAUAUUAUAGAACAUUUGUGUCUGUCCAUAAGGUGAAGAUUCAUCCUGGGGACGUCCUGUAAUAAAGAUCAUGGUUUUAAAUAUUUUUAUUAAAAGAUUCUGUUUGCUGC